AGGCUACAUAAAGGGGUGUAAAAGCUCCAUGUGGGAGAGUUGCAGAGUGGAGAAGAGAGAGGAGUAAUCCCUGUCUUUCCAGUAUCCAGAUCAUUAUUAUUACUAUUAUUAGUAGUAAUAAUAAUAAUAAUAUCACAGAAGACAAGUCAUAUUUCAGAGAUGGAUUUCGACCUGCCUCCCACCAUACCUGUGAGCGGGAUCCCCUGGGAGAGAGUUCUGCCGCCUCUGCUGCCUCGCUCCGGGGGGACUUUCGGAUCUUACCCCUGGACCCCAGCCGAGCUGCUGGUCCCGGUUAAAGAGCACACAGGAGCCGCACAGGUUGUUUGUGACCAGAAUGGAUUUACUGUGCAACUUGAUGUGAAACACUUCAGUCCUGAGGAGCUGAUGGUCAAAGUCACAGGCAACUAUGUUGUGGUCGAGGGAAAACACGAACAGAGAAAGGACGGAUCUGGAUUAGUGACCCGGCAGUUUAACCGAAGGUACCGAAUCCCAAACGAAGUGGACGCCAUGAAACUGGAGUGUGCGGUGUCACCAGAGGGAACGCUUGUUAUUUCUGCCCCUUUGCUGAAGGUUGAAAAUGCCAAAUCGCCUACACACUCGGAACCACCAGAAGUGUAAAGACCCUCCACGGAUGUUGACAGGGAGACAAGAAGAUGGACCUUCUAAUAUUUAUGUAAUUCUGUCCCAAGAUGCAUUUCUAUCAGUCUCAAAAGGAUGAGCAUCAGGAGAAACAGACCAACCAUCCUCUUGCAUGAAAGCUAGCUGGUACUACUUCCAAAGGCCAAUUCCAAACAUACUUGAUACCAAGCCAAACGACAUAUCAUUAAUCCUUUUUGUUCAGCAUUUUAAUAGGCUUCCAGGCACACUGAGACACCGGAUCCAAAUUCAGAAUCCAUCUCAAAUUUUCCAGCAUGUUCUAAACAUUGUUUGAUAACAGUUGCACAUAUCAGAUAUUGAUGAACUUUAUCAGUCUCAUAAGUAACCAAAUCAUUACUGUUGAGCUCAUGACUGUACAUAUUCCUUAAUAAAUGUUUGUUUUGUAAGUGUUAACUAUA